CCGGUCGGUCAACCCGUUUCGGCUCGGACACAGUACUCUAAACUUACGACAAAUACUCAGUUAGCAGUUGGCCCAGAACCGAUCAAAACUGAAUACACUUAGUCAAACCUAGAGAAACCAGACCAUUUAACCGACCGAUAGGGUUCCGGGUCAUUGCCAAAACUUAUCCAAUUGUUUACCUUUUUAUAGCUAAUUUUGUUUUUUAUGUGAAAGAUUGCCACAAGCAUAUGAAGUAGGGGUGGGCAAUGUGACAGGACUGGGUACUCGUCCCAUUUGAAACAGGUACCCAGUCUCAUUUGGAGAGGAAAAUUCAUCCUAUGUCACAAACUAAUAUGGAUAAAUGGAUACUCAUUAUCCGUAUGGGACGGAUAACGGGUACCCAAACUAUUCCUGUAUAUCCAAACUUUCGGCUUCCUUCACGAAUGGUCCUAGUUGUAUAGAUUUUCCAGUUUUGCAGACAACCAUGAGGAUUUAGAGAUUGUCCAACACAAGAACAAUAACAAAAAGAGAAGAACAACAGUUCCCCACGAAAGAAGGAACGCAGAGAGCGGGGAAAUCCGAAAUCGCAUGGGAAGGCCGAUUGUCGGGGUCACCGGAUCGAGGACAGGGAGAGGAGUCGUCGAGUCGGGGUCGGAGCUGAUUUUCGUCUCCGUGAGUCGUGAGACAGCGAUUAGGUCUUCUUCCAAUCUUCCGAGGGAAUCAAGAGAUAUGAGCAAAGCGAAGUUGUUGGGUUGGGUUGGACUGGAUUGGGCUAGUUGAGCUUUGGGCUAAUGGGUUUGUAUAAGAAAUCUACAUAAUGUUAGGGUACCAAUGUAAGCAUUUUACCAUUUCAGGUCUCAUCCGUUAAUAAAUAGUACGGGUAUUUGGGUACCCAUAACUUUAAAAAAACGGGACGGGUGUGGUAAUACUCAAAUACCUAUUACUUGUUGCUCAUCCCCUAAUAUGGAGAGGCAGAUCAAAGGGGAAGAGAACCGAACAACACAAGGGUCUCUCCUCCCAGGCUCUCGCCGCUACUAGUGAGGAUGCGACAACAUCGAUGUCCGAAUUCAGCCCAUCCACUGCGAACCAUAGUCCUUUGACGUCCAAAUGAUGAUGGGGAUUCACUUGAAUUUCGACAAAUACAAUACAAAGAAUAAACAAACGAAACGUGUGGGCACAUCCAACGAGCACUAAACUAGUAAAACUUAUAAUUAUGUUAGAAAAUUUUACUUAUGUUUUCAUCUACAGAAAUAAAAUUCACAUCUUAUAAGAAAAAAUAACUAAAAUUCACAACAACAAAAAAAAAACAUAGUAGGAAGAAUGUUGUGGAAUGUGGAAUAUUGAGUAGGUCUCAAAUUUUAUCUUCCUUGGUUCCCAACUCGGUCUCUCUCUCGAGAGGAUUCUUCUUUCUAGAAAGUCAAUCGUCUAUACCAAUAGAAGAUCUCCCGGAUUGGUAUUAUCAUAAGUAAUAAUUAUACUGUUCUCAAUUUUCAUAUCUGAAUUAUGUUAUUCAUAUUCUUAUUGAUGUCUUUAUUCGGUCUGAGAAGCACGCUGAUUUGUUCCAGUCCGCGCGCGCGUUCCCAUCCCCAUCCAGCCAUCUCGUUUUAUAUCCUUUUUUCCUGAUCGUCAGCCUCAAAAAAAAAAAAAAAACAGAUUUUAAAAACGGAAAAAAGGAACCAACUUUUCAUACGCAAGUGUUCGUUCUUGGCGUCCAGCAGGCACCAGAACGUCAUCAGAAGCAUUAUUAGAGAGAAGGAGGCGGAGGAAGGAAGCGUCAAUACGCACAGCUCGCCGGCGAAAAGGGGCAAGAUGACGACGCGCCCGCUGCGGUUCCCUGAGAUCGACGCCGAGCUCCGGCGAAUCGUCAAUGCGAAUAUGGAGGAAGUCCCCGCUCGGCGACGAGCUCGCGAGGCCUUUAAGGAUAUCCAGCUCAACGUCGACCACAUCUUGUUCAAGACACCAAGUGACGGACUGAAAGUCAAUGAGGCAUACGAGGUGAACUCGAGAGGGGUGGAGAUUUUCACGAAGAGGUGGCUGCCAGAAACCCCAAAAGCUAUGAUCUGUUUCUGUCAUGGUUAUGGAGACACUUGCUCCUUCUUCUUUGAAGGAAUUGCGAGGAAGUUUGCUUUAUCUGGCUACGGUGUUUUUGCAAUGGAUUACCCAGGAUUUGGUCUAUCAGAAGGUCUUCAUGGCUAUAUUCCAAGCUUUGAUACUAUCGUCGAUGAUGUUAUUGAGCACUACAAUAAGGUCAAAGGGGAUCCUGAAUUUCAGAACGUCCCGAGCUUCUUGUUUGGGCAGUCAAUGGGUGGAGCUGUGGUUCUGAAGGUUCACUUGAAACAGCCAAAUGCUUGGAGUGGUGGCAUUCUUGUUGCACCAAUGUGCAAAAUUGCAGAUGACAUGGUUCCACCUUGGGCGGUGAAGCAAUUCCUGAUUGGGAUAGCGAAUUUUCUUCCGAAGCACAAGUUAGUGCCACAAAAGGAUCUAGCCGAGGCAGCAUUCAGGGAACCGAAGAAGAGAGAAUUGGCUGCGUACAAUGUCAUUGCUUACAAGCACAAACCACGGUUGAGGACGGCCUUGGAGAUGCUUGAGACAACCAAACAAAUAGAACAACGACUUGAAGAUGUAUCUUUGCCUCUGUUGAUACUGCAUGGGGAGGCUGAUAUUGUGACGGACCCAUCUGUAAGUAAAGCUUUGUACGAGAAAGCAAAGAGUUCAGACAAGACGCUGAAACUGUACAAGGAUGCUUUCCAUUCACUGCUGGAGGGAGAACCAGAUGAAACCAUAACUCAAGUGUUUAACGAUAUAAUCAGUUGGCUGGAUCAGCACUGCAAAUGAGCAAAACAGAGGCCGGGGCAUUGCAUGGCUUACCCCAACGGCAAGGCUCGUGGCCUUUUGUCUCGAAUCUUUUAUUUCCUCUGCCAAAUAUAUAUUCAAUUAUUCUUUCAGGUUAGAUCGAUCUGAUUUUAAAUAAUUACGAAUGUUGGCAAUAAUAACAGUGACUUUGUUUUAAACACUAAUGGGUAGUUUAGAAAUUGUAUUGUGGUGGAUAUAUGUAUUGUGUAUUAAAUAUAACGUUUGGUGUGUGUGAUUGUAUAUGUCAAAUCAGGUAAAAAAUAACAUAUAACAAUCUCAACUAAAAGAUGAGAUAUAACAAUCAUUCAUUUUGAGUGAUAGAUUAUGUCACAUAACAUAAUUGAUUUAUGUGUGUAUGCAAAAGUCUUAAAUAUGGUGAACCAUUAUUUAGAGUCCCGUUGACAAAUAUGGUGAACUAUUACUAGUAUGGUGAACUAUUACUAGGAUCUAGUCGACCAAUCAGUAUAAUUAACAUAUUGUAUAUGCUUGGUGUGUUUUAUAAUGGUCGGUUGGUUCUUUUACAAGUCACUUUUACAAAGCUUUAUGCAUACAUCAACGAAAAUUUGUAGCUUUAUAUAAUAUGACACGAAGGUACGGAGGUCGAUUGGAGAACCGUAAAGAAAGAGUGUUCUUCUUACUUGCAUCGAAAACUUAGGUUUGUGCCUAUAUCCAAAAAAAAAAAAAAUUUUGUUUAGGACCGACACUAGGUAAACGAUCCAAGUUACCGUACCUCACACUUUAUAUGCUUUUGAUACCCAUUUUCGUUCGGGUUUUCUAAAAUUAAAUAUUUUGGUUUUGGGAUGAAAUUUUUUCGGCGAAGAGCUCAAAUUUUAAUUUAAAAUACGAGAUGCUCUCGUACACAUUUCUUGAUUCAACUUUUUGAUUCUUAAGGAGUUGUUUAGAAGUUGUCAUUGUUUUGUUGAGAUUGUUGCUUUACAUGUAUUGUUUAGAAUGCUCAUUUUUUUAGCAGAAUCAAUACAUUGAUUGUUUCUGUGACGUGAUAGAAACUAUCACUCAAAAUGAGUGAUUGUUAGAUCUCAACUUUUAGCGGUGAUUGUUGACAUAAUUGAUUUGAGAUUGUUUUGUCUCUGGUUUUAGCUGACGUGUCAUACACAAUCACACAUACCAAAUGCUGCGUUUUAUAAUGCAUCAAAGUCAACUAUACAUAUCAAAAUAUUAUACAUGCAUUCACAACAAUACAUUUAUUUAACUAUCGUUUUCAUACGUACAUUUUGAGUUUGAGCCCAUAAAUAAAUAAUAAACGAGCAGCCUACUACAGACCAUUUCUAUUACACAUUUGGACUUCUAUUCUAUCACCCCAAAAAAAAAAAAAGACCUAAACCCACGUGAUUCGGCCCAAUAGCCCACCUGAUCGGUCAGGCUGAAUCAGACCCAACCCAACCACACCCUUUUUCUUCCUCUACCACCUCCAUCCCCUCAUUUGUUGCCUGCAAAAACAGAGGAACAACUCAGCUCCAUGCUUGGUCUGAGCUGUAAAGGCAAAGAGAAAUCAAUAGGAAGGGAAGAGAAAUCGAAUCUGAAGGACAGAGAAUUGAUUGAAAGAAAUGGGAGUUGGCUGAAUUAGUUGAAAGGUGGGGUGUACAGUGGUCCUCCAUUUUUCCCUAUUAAGAGAAGAGGCAGCAAGGUUAGAAUCCAUUGGUGGACAAAAAAAAAAAAGCAGAAAGAAAGAUCAUCAAAAUAGAAAUUUCAUUCUGCAUUUAGAAAAAUUAAAAUUUAAAACAUAAAAAAGAGGAAGGAGGGACAGCCGUCGCCGGACCUCAUCUCGUAGCCGCCGCCAGACUGCCGCCAUAGCCUCGCGUCGUUGUUAGCCGCCGCUGCUGGCUUGCUCUGGUCGUUGCGGAAGAAAGAAAGGAGGGACCUAGUCGGAUCUGGUCUCGGACUGGAGGUAAAUAAAAAUUUUACUAGUAAGUACUAACUCUUUUAAAUUGAAUUAAAAAAUAACAAUUGACAAUUCUUUUUCAAAUACAAAUGAUAUCCUAUUGCAAUUCAUUAAAAAUUAAUGUUAACCGGGAACUUUGAUCUCGAGAUGUCGGGUAGGUACGCGAUCUAAAGGUUUGAGUUCAUAAAACUCUUAAAAUAUUAAUUAUCAAAUAUCAUGUGAUUAAAUCGUUAUCGAUGGAUAUGUGAUCAAUACUCGACUCAUUUAUCUAAAAAAACGCAUCAUGAUCGAUAGAUCAUUGUCAAUUUAAGAAACUAUUAGUCAGAGAUGGGUGUAAGCAAACAUUUUCAAAACAGCUAAAUGUUGGGUGAACUACGAGGGUUUUGAUCUCGAGAUGUCAAUUACGUAGGAAGCCUAUGUGCCCAAGUCCACUAAAAAACUAAUAUAUUUUUCCCCCUAAAAUCACCAGAAAUAUUAAUUCAUUCUUCCAAUGGAAUUAGAUGUUGGUGAACAUGUAAUAUAUUUUUAAAAUGACAUCACAUAUUCAAAGUUAAUCCAAAUAAUUUCAAUCAAAAAAAUAUAUCAAAUAAAAGGACAAAUCAAACUUAUAACAAUGA